UGUAAGCAAACUUCUAAGACUUUUCCACUUUACACCACACAUUCACUUGACCAUACAUCUUUAGGUAAUGCCUAUGUCCUUCAUUUGUCUCUUCCUCAAACCUUCUCCACUUUCUCUUUUCUAUAUUAAUUACUCUUACUAUACUUUCUUUCAUAUAUAUCCCAACAACAAAGUUUUUUUAAUUUAAUUCAAUUCAUUCACCAUGGAAUUCAGCUACCUUCAAGAAGAUUCUUCCAAGAGCUCAAGCGACGAAAACAUCGAUCGAUCGUCGGAGCGAAACCACGAAGAUGAUCAUGAUAUUGGAACCGGUAGAUCUUAUGAGUGUGUGUUUUGCAAAAGAGGUUUCACAACUGCACAAGCUUUAGGAGGACAUAUGAACAUACAUAGAAAAGAUAGAGCCAAUAAUAACAAGAGUAAUACUACAAAACCCAAUUUUACCCCUCAUCCUCCUAGUAGUUCAAGCAAAUUAGUUGAUGAUCAUAGCUAUGCAAAUCUUGGAUUUUAUUCAUCAAUUCCAAGAGGGGCUUAUUAUAAUUCAAUUUCAUCAACUACUUCUCCUCAAUAUCAUCAUGGUGAGGUAGAUUCUCUUAAUUACCAUCAACUAUAUUUUCCUUCACAUGUGCAAUAUAGUGAGGUGUUGUGUGUAGAAAAUCAAAGGGUUUUUGGACAAGAUUGGAGCAAGAAGGGUUUGAGCUUAUACACUAAUCCAUUAAAUAAAGACAAGAUAGAAAACAACAAUGAAGUUGAUGAUUUGGAUUUGGAGCUUAGACUUGGUCAUUAUCCAUAGCAACAUAUAUUUAUUGCACUUAUUUCUCUAUCUUUUAUAUAUAAGCUAGCAUGUCUAGGCUUUUUAUUAGGCCUUUAUAUAUUAAUUCUCAUGGCAUGCAAUUGUAUAUUGAGAAGUAAGAUAGAUUUCUAUGUUUUUUUUAUGGAAGAUUUAUAUGUUCAAGGAAGAAAUUAAGGAGGGUAGCUAUAGUUUCUAUGAGGAAGCUAUUCAAAAUAUAUACUUUUUUCCUUCAGAAAUAUAUCUACCCUUAUAUAUAUACUAGCUAGGGUUCUAUAUUAUUAUAACCCAGAAUUUCUUACAUAGAUAUGUGAAUUAAUGUUUCUUUUGCUAC